GGGGUGAGCAGAGCCUGAACAAACACUGAAUAAACUCCUCUGUCUGGGGGAGCCCUGAAUGUUUUCUGUAUCAGACACACGUUUCAUUUGUCUUCCUCACGGUGUUUGAAAGGCUUUUGUUGCUGCCAGCAGCUGCAGGUGGCACAAGGUUAGACAUGAGAAGGUGUUUGGUGGCUUCUGGAAAAAAAAGAAAGAGGUAGAAAUGGAAGGCAGCAGCCCCAAUCCAUGUUAUCCUUAAUUUUUUUAUUCCCCCUCACAGCCUUCUCCAGCAUUGAUGAUUUUUUUUUUAGCCAGGUGAAUUUGGGUGCAAGAGCUGAUUUUGCUUCUCUGAGAGCCAUGGAAUUCUUAAGGCUGGAAAAGACCUCUUGGAUCAUCAACUCCAAUCAUUAAUUGAUCCAUGGCCCCAAGUGCCACAUCCACCCAUUUUUUGGACACUUCCAGGGAUGGUGACUCCAUCACUUCCCUUGGCAGCCUGUUCAGGGCUUGGCCUUUCCAGUGAGGAAAUUUUUCCUGAGCACCACCACGGUGCCCAAGGGUGUUCUCAGUCUCAAGAUUAAUAAUUCCUGACUAAUGAUGGACUCCACUUCCCAGCACCCCAGCUAAAUUGCAUUUUAACUCUGUUUUGUAUCAUUUUCUUCAGAAAGAUGAAGAUGGAUCCAUUUGCCAUUUCCAUUGUCUCUGGAUACAUUUAUUUGUUGAAAUUACAUUUGCUCAUUUUUUUUGUAGGGCUAAAAAUAGAGGGGGACAAUCAGGAUUUAUAAUCUCAGGCAAAGAAUUACAGGAAAACCAUGACUUUAUUAAGGAAAAAAAUGUUUAAAAGGUGAUAAAAUGCAACUGUCACUGAGAUACUUGAAAAAGGCAAGAAGGCAAAUCAGCUGAGCAUGGAACAACAAACCUUUACUUAAAAUAAACUUAAUUCUUAAUUCUUUUUAUUUCUCCUUCAUGGUUGCACAGCUGGGAUGGGCCAAGUGCUGCUUUCAGCGGGGACACAGGAACAAAAGUGCCACCAAAACCAGAAGUUCACCAAAAACUCAAUAAUUCCAGUGAAUUAUUUGAGAUGCCAAACCCCAGAGAUACAAGAGGUGUAAAAUCCUUUUACUGUGAAAUGCGAUGAAUGAUGAUCACCUGAGCAUAAUUACACGGAAAUUACCUCUGCUAAUUGGGGAGGAGAAGCCGCAUUUCCCGAAGUCCCAGUUGGGAUCCAGCGUUUCCUGAUUGAAGGGCUCAGCCCAGCCGCGCCUCCCACGAAACUGGGCGGGAAGGGGGGAUCCCAAACCCCGGGAAGGGCGGGAGGAGACUGCAAUUCCCAGAGUCCUCGCGCAUCCUGGCCCCGCGGUGACAUCAGAAUUCCAUGGCCGGGACUGGCUGGGCAGCGACAGCAGCGAAAUGAGAAGUUGGUGUUUAGGAGUCUGACUCCUGCCUGCACGCAAUGCUGCUCACUCCAGAGGAGAGAACCUGGCUGCUGAUAACAAGGACAUGGUCCAAGUGCCACCCCUGGGCAUUGCCAGCCACAGGCUAUAAAACAUCUUUUCAGAGAACUUUUAAUCUAAUAUGAGCCAGAAGGUCUUCCCAUCUCUACAGAGGAAGAAAUCCUGGCACAGAUUCCCAGAGAAGCUGGGGCUGCCCCUGGGAUUCUUGGAAGGUCAGGUUGGAUGGGGCUUGGAGCACCCUGGAAGUUGCAGAGGGGAUGUGUUUGCCUGGGACAGGAGCAUUCCCAGUCUCACAGAGCAGGCGAUUCUGAACGUGCCACGCCAACACCUAAAAUGUGAAACCUGUGGAGAAUUCCUGUUACUGUGCAGUAAACAGCAGGAAGCCAACCAUGGACACUCAGUUUUUCUCCCCGUUACUGGGAGCAGUCCCCAGUCCCCCCACGCCUCCAGAACCCUCCCGGCUGUGCAACGACUGGCCCGGAUGUGCCGAGGAUUUUGCAUCCCAAACUGCCUUCCAGGAGUGCCCAAAGAAAAGGGCACCAAUAAAUCUUAAUUACUCUGGCAAUGGGCCUGAUAUGUUUGGGUUGGUGUCAAGCAUUUUAGAGGAGCCAAACAAACCAGAACCAGCUACGGAUUGGAAUUCUCUAUCCAGAUUGUUUCCCCCUCUGUGGGCACCUGAUCUGGGCAGCAAUGGGGAGUUCCCAGGGCUCCCAGCUCAGCACUGUGUCCAAAACAAGGAUUUCCCCAGCUUGCUGGGCACCAGCUGCCAUCAGGAACCCCUGCAGGAGCCUCCUGACGUGGAGAUGCUGCACAGAGGUCUGGGAGACCUUCAGCUCCUCGAGUCUUGGCUCUCUCCCCAUGCUCAUCCCAGCACCGCCCCAACAAACGCUUACCCUGAGAAUUCCUCUUGGCAGAACAGCACCACAGCUCCCCAGGAAGGGUUUUCCUUCCCAAGUGGGAGCUGGAACCAGCAUCUGUGCACUUACGACCAUGGGAGGUUAAAUGGAGGCUAUGAAAAAUGUGGCUCCAGUUUUAGCCCUUUUUCUCCUCAGAACAGGAUGAAGGAAAGCCCCAGUGUGCAGAAGGAGCUUUGGAAAAGCGAAAGAGCAAGAGGAAAAGCUCUGAAAAAUUAUGCUCAAGGACAAAUUAAGUAUUCCCCUGAUCUUUCCAAUCAGCCUGGUGAUAACUCUUGGGAUAAAGUAUCCCAGGACAGCCAGCUGUUCUCUAAAAGAUGUGAAAACUUCACAGCUGCUCACAAACUGCAGUCACCUGUCCAUCCAUCACUUCAUUUCUUCAAUCAACCCACUAAGGAAAAUAAUUUUUCUGGAGGAACAGGCAGAAAACCCCAGGAAAGCCAUGUGCAAAAUGGCCAUCGUGGCUUUACUUUGGGAGAUGCUUUUAAUAAUAAUAAUAAUGAGUGUAAAGUGAAUAUGGGCCCUAAGGAAACUUCUCAUGUAGCUGGAUAUGAUUUACCUGUGAAAAAUGCUGUGCAAAACGGGAGUUAUUCCUCGUACCAGGGGUGUGCGUGGCUGGAUGGGAAAAACCUGGCAGCUGCAUCUGAAAUUCCAUGUGGAAAACAAAUGGCCACGAGCCCCCAGUCCUCAUCAGGGGUUUCCACCAUGUCGGGGGGCUCUCCCACCCACCAGCCCUCCUACUACCCCCAGCUCCUUCCCGCCCUCCCUCCCAGGAAAGAUGGGAGGUUACAAACAUCCAAUGAAGUUCCCAGUCAUUUGGGGGUUCCUUAUUUCGUCUCAGAGAUCCAGAAGCAGGUGAGAUCUGUUGGAAGAUCACAGGAGGAUGCCGGGAUGAGCAAAGAGGGGCGGCGCCGCAAAUUCCCCGUUCGUUUUUCGCCCGACUGGUUCGUGCAGCAGAAAGCUGCAGGUGGAGACCCCGCUGAGAAAUACCACAGGUUCCCAAAAAGGCAGAGCCAGGAAAGUGGCAAUAAAGAUGAUAGAAGAGGUAGAACGAAUUGGAUCCCUCAUUUGGGAUCUGCAGCUCCAAACCGCCAGCCCUUCGACGCGUUUCCAAAAAAGCACGAGCAGAAUGGUGGCAGCUUGUCAGAUUUCAUCAAUCCUUCUCUGCUUCCUUCUUUCCCAUUCAUGUCUGAUUUUAAGCAAAAUCCCAGCUUCCCUCCAUUUAAUCACCAGCUGCUCUCAUCAGGAAAUAAUUUUAAUUUCCCUCCGCCACCGUUUCCGUUCUCGGACCUUGUUGAUCUUUUUCACUGCGACGACUUUAACCCCUUGAGUCCCUUCAUCAGUGAUAUCUUCUCUGGGGAAAUCCCUGCCCCCUGCUUUGCCUUUCCAACCCCAUUUAACAAGUACAGAGCUCCCAGGAGCCGCAGUGGCCCCGCUAACGAGCUCCACAUUCGACUGGAGGAGUGCUACGAGCAGUGGAGAGCUCUGGAGAAGGAGAGGAAGAAGACUGAGGCUGACCUUGCAAGACACUUCCCAGGGCAGCACAUCUCCAGCUCCAGCACCUGCCCCAUGUCCCGACUCCCCGCGAACCCAUCCCGCGUGGAUCGCCUGAUCGUCGACCAGUCCCGGGAACGAGCCAGGGUGCUGGUGCUGAUAGGAAGAAUGGAGAGGCUUUGUGGUGCUCCUGUGCACAGGAACAUCUCCAGGACCUUGGAGCUCCACCUGGAAGCCAUUCAGGUGACCCAGGCACGCCGGAAGGAUGAGAUUGGGAAUGCUGCAAACCCCCAGAGUCAUGGGGUGCCACGCUAUAACAACGAGAAAGAUGUGCUGGCCCUGGCAGCUGCCCUGCGAGCCCUGGCUGGUGCCACGCGCAGGGCCCGCACCGCGCUCUGGUGCGCGCUUCAGGGGACUCUGCCAAAAUCCCCUCCAGCCAGACCCCAAAAUCAACAGCUUCUCCUUCAAGGGACACUGCAAGAGCUUUGCCCUUCAAGCACAAGCACCCAGGAGAAAAGCAGCAUGGAGCACAAAAGCAGAGGAAGUGAAAAAGCUGAGGAAGCGACGAAGAUUUUGGAAUAAGCGCAGAUGAUAAAAGGGAAGAUGAGGAUGGGGAGGGAAGGGCUCAGGUCCUGCCCAGCACCGGGAGAGGUGGAUUUCAUAGGAUGUCAGGAAGCAAAAAGGGUUAAUUAAGGUGCCUGCUCAGUUGUGGUACUGGAAUUCUGGUGUGGAGAGACACAGCUUGUGGUGGUGUCAGUGCAGUUUUUCUGCUGCUGAGAAUUUCGAUGUUCUGAGGAGCUGAAUGAGAGCUGAGCAUUUCCUCCACCCAAAGCUCUGAGUCCUGCCAGGACCUGAGCAACCAGAGCGUGGUAGAGCUUAAUUCUCCUUUUCUUUUGCUCAGUGAGACAAUUUAGCACAUUUAAAGGUCCUCAAUAAUCGUUCAGGGUUUGUUUUAUUUUUAUUUUUUGCACGGUGUGUAGUUCUUUCCAGAGCCAAAGCGAUCACUGAGUAGUUUUCACACCAUCACUGUGUCAGGAGCAAUCCAGGCUGCUGUGCUGGUGGCUUUUGGUGACAGAUUUUCCCUCAGUUUGACAGGAAUAAUCAGUGUUCAGUGCUGGUUGUGUGACAGGCUUCAGCAGUUGUGCUGCCAGUUCAGUUUUCCAGCAAAACUGGUGUAAACAGAGCUUUUUCCAUUGAAUUGCCUGCCUUGGUUUUUCCACUAAAAAGUGGAUUUUGUAGCUUUGCAGUGUGAACUGCAUGGAAAUGCACAUUAGCAGGUGAUGGAAACUCACUCAGGAUUAGAAAUUAUGUUUAUUGAUUCCUCAGUGGGUUGAAAACCAGUAACAAUAUAACACAGAAUGCACUUAAUUAAAAUAACUAUUAUUUGUUAUUAAUAUAUGUUCAUGGUACUAUAAUUUUUCUCAGACACAUUCCAUAUUUAUUUUAAUGUCUCCAUUCAAUGUUUAUUUAAAAAUCUAUUUUAGUAAUAGGAAGUUAAAUAUUUUGCCAAAUCUUCCGAAUAAUCAGAUUUAAGGAUUUACUCAGGAACUCUGUAUAUUAUUAUAUAAAUAUACACAUGGUAUAUAGGGAUUUUUUUGGGAAAGGGAUGUUUGCAAAAUAUUUACACAAAACUAACUGUGUACUAGGUUACCAAAGCUGUUUCACUGAUCAUUUUUUUUUUUGUGUGUGGAAGGUUUAAUAUAUUUAAUUGCUGUUAAUUAGUCUCCACUGAAUGGCUUAGACAAUCAGAGUGUGGUUGUUCAGGGUGAAAAUUAGUAAAGAAUCAUUAACUCAAGGUGUCAUCUUAGGGCAUUUAGGAAUAUUUUAAUGCUUUAACAACUGUCUUAUUGUUACACAAUCUCCUAGCAUGUACUAAUAAUUAAGGUUCUUGAGUAUCAGGAUAUUAAUGAACAGCUUUGGAGAGCAGUUCUUGGGUUAAAAGUGAAUUAAGUUGGGGAUAUAAGCAAAAUUUGAAGGACAAAAAUGAAGAUUUUUAUAUCAUGUGGUGUUCAGUGUCAAAUUUGACAUUUUUGUGGGUAAUUAUAGAACUGUUCCCAUAUAUAUUUAUACUUGCAAAAGUGUUCCAAAUGCAGUUGUGUAGUUCUGGAUCUGUGGAUGUUUCUAGAGCAGAUUUUGUCUCAGUAGUGCCACCCUUAACUCUGUUGGGGUGUGGAAAUUUGUAGCUAAAAUUUACCCAGGCCUCAUUGCAAUCCACCAAGUUUAAAAGCAAAAGUGGAUAGAAAUUAGGUUCUUACUAUAGCAAAAUCAUGUUUUUUCCCCUAAAGAAAGUGAAUUCCACUGAACAGAUUAUUUUCAGCCUUAACAAACAGAUACCAGAGUUAUUUCAGUGUUUUCUCUGUGUGCACAUGCAAUUUAUUUGCACAGACUGAUUUAAGAAGGGUCAGUCUGCAUUUGUGAAACUGAUUGUGCUCCACAGUUUAAAAGAGGAGUUUGCAGUAUUUCAGUUCGUGGGUGAUUUGGGGGUGUUAAUUAUCCAAAUUAAAAUUAAUUUACCAUUGCUGUACUGACAGGAAAUCAGAAUUUGAGAGUCUGAAUCUUGGGGUUUUUUUCUGUUUACAGAACCAGGGUUGUUUUGUAGUGGUUUAGGGUAUGAUUGGUUCUUAUUGUACUGCUCAUCUGUUAAUUAAUGAUCUUAAUUAGUUCAUAGUUAAUGUGCCUUUAACAGCCUCAUUUUUCCAGAGUGUUAAAAAGCUGUGUGGUCUCUUCUGUUCUCAGUUUCAAAAUGCAUUUUAAAGGGUAACACGUGGCUGCACGUGACUGUAAUCAACACAGAUUGUUAAUUAUGUUAAUUGCACACACGAGAUCAUCCAGGUUUGGGUUCUUUAAGGAGCUCUGUGCCUCUGGAAUGUCCCCCUGGAUCAUGUGCCUGGGUCAGGUGCUCCUUGUCAUGCCCCACAAAUGCUCCUGUUUCACUUUGCCUCGCUCUCUUUUCUUCACAAAAACUCCAGGUCUUCAAACAAAAAUUAUUUAUUUUUAUUUUUUUUAGUGCCCUUUUCUAUAAAUGAGUUUGUUAUGGACAGCAUCAGACCUAGAAUGAGUUUUGUCUUCAGUUCUUAAUUUCUGCUCUGCUUCUCUUGUUUUAUUACAAAUUCUUUUGCAUUUUAAGGGAAAAAACCCCACUUUAUUUUGUAUAACACUUUAUUAAACCCGCUUUAUUUUGUAAAAUAACACCUGGAGCUGCAGCAGCUCUGUCAGAACAUAAUUUUUGUUGCCUUGUGUUUAAUUUGGCAACAAGGUACAAAUUCUGCAAGUCUUGCACUGUUUUUUUGCUGUGAAUAAGCACAAGUAUGAUGCUUGUGGCUUUAGGGACUAAUUGUAUUCACAUUUUACUGACUUCAGGGAAAGCAGAAUUGAGGUUUUGGGUCACACUUAAGCCAAAGAGAUGGUUUUGAUUUGGAGUUAGGUUUGAUUUCUGGAGAGAAAAAAGCAAAUUCCCCUUUCCUUCCCCAUUUUGAGGAGCAGUCAGGUAAAAUUCAGUUUAUUCCCUUUUUUCCCCACUUCUACCCUUCCACUCAGCUUUCUUGAGAUUUAAUGGGGUGUUUUUUCCCUGUUUUGAUUUAUACUUUUUAAAUUUUGGGGGUGAGAUGAGGAAGGUGGCAGAGUUGCAGCCAGUCCUGGUGGCAGGGAUUGCUCCAGUUUAAAUCAAUACUCAAUUGUCCCUUUUUGAGUCAGGAUUAUUAUCAGGUGCUUUUUGGGUGUUGGUACUGAAUCUUUAAUGCUUUAAAAUCACAGUUUGGUAGUCCAGCACAACACAGACUUAAGAAUUACAGUUAUUUCUGUGUAAAUAACUGGAGUUUUUUGGUGAUUCAACCUUUUUAAUUCCCAGAAGGGAGGCCAGCAGCAGGGAAAGAACUCUUCAUUCUUUUAUUUUUUUUUUCUGGUUGUAGGUUUUAUAUCCCUGUUUUUCUGUAUCCACAGGGUCCCUCUGGCAGUGAAGUUGCUAUUUAUAUAAACUAAAAAUGUGUAUUAAUUUGUUAUUUCCAUUAGAGCAGCAUGCAGGGAAGGUUAUUUAAGUUCGUGGUGCUUGUGGCCUUUUCAAGAGUGGGUGACAUUUCCUUCACAAACUGCUGCUACUGGAUUUUAUCCUUUCCAAACUGAAUAUUUUUCUUUGCUGCUGGCAUUUACCACCCCACCAAUAUUUUUGUCUUUUCUGUUUUGCCUUUUCUUCUUCUUUUGUUGUUUUGGUUUUUUUGGUGGUUUGUUUUAUUUUUUAUUUUUUUAUUUUUUUGUCUCUCAUUCCUGGGCAUGUGAAAUUUGGAAAUUAUUUCCCUUAGGACUGCUGCUGUAGUUCACAAUAAGUCUUUUAUGGUUAUUCCUGGUUGUUUUGAUUGGAGGGAAAGGUUUAAGGUGGGGAUUAUGUGAGUGAGAGGCUUUGUUGAGGUUAUUUCUUUUUCUCAGAGAAGUGUGGGGAUCCCCCAGGUUUUUGUGGAAAGCUCCUGGGCACUUUUCCAGAGGUGACCACCAGCACAACUUCCUGGGAUUGUCUUUGAUCUGCAACCCUUUUUUGGGGGGAUAUAAAGGAGGAAAAGGGAGCUUCAAGAAGGAAGGAGCCUCCAGGAGCCCAAAUUCCAGUGGAGAGGCUCAUUCUUUUGGUUUCCAUGGUCAGGAAGGUUUGAGGGACCAGGAAUCCUCUCUUGAAUCAAGAUUCUUUUCCCCAUUGGAUGCUGUCAGGGUGCAGCUGCUGAGAUUUUGGGCAGAGUUGGCUUCUGCUUCACUAAGUCACCAUGAAAUCACAGCUCUGAUUCUGCAGGAAGUUGGAUUUUUUUUUUUAAUGUUGAAAUACUGUAAAAAUUAUGCAACAAACAGACCUUAAGCCUAUAUGUUUGUUUUUUUUUUAAUUAUAUUUUUACCUGCUCUGGUAGCUGGGUAUUAGAAUUUUAUUUUAUAUUUUUGCCCAUUCUUUGAUUGAGAGCUGCAAUUUUGGCAAAUGCUUCAUAGUGUCACCAGUUUUUGGGGAUUUUAUUCUUUAUAUCUUUAUUUCUGUGGCAGAGUAUGUGAUUUUAGCUGCAAAACUAAAUGUUCAAUUCUUUACAGCCACAGUCUGUUACAGAUUUAUUUAUUUUUCCCAAUGGAGUCAUUAAAGGUGGAAGAACUUUGGGUUUUUGAUUAUUUAGUGUUCAUAGACUGAGCCAGGAGCAGGGAGCCCUUCACAUCAGUCAAUAUGAGGGCAGUUGACUGUGGAACAUGUAUUUUAAUUAUUAUUUUGGAAUAAUUGGGCUGCUGAAGAGCUGAGUGUGGUCCUGCUCCCACUGAAGGCACAGUUUUAAAGAGAUUUCUGUCUGGAUUUGGCUUUGUUGCUUUACCAGGAGCUCAUUAACCACAAGCUCAGCGUUCACCUUGAACAUUUAUCAUUAAAUGUUAAUGAUAAAUCAUUUAUCUCUGGAGGGAUGAGUUCCCAGCCUCUUUUUUUUAGGGAUCCUUGGAAUUAGCUGGGACAAUUUUGCUUUCUCUUCAAGCUGAGGAAUGUACCUGCUGCAGAAACUGGGGCUGUUUCUGGGAAUUUUCACACAUUUUCUCCUGUUCUGCUUGGAGGGAAAUAGAGCCUUAACCAUGCUGAGACCUUGAUUUAUUCCCUGUGCAGUUCAUCCAUGGCAGUCACCAGCACUUUAUUUUUUCUUUUGGUUUGUAGCACUUGAGAUGUCUGAUUUUUAUCAAUUUUUGUUUUUUUUUCUGGUAGAGAACUGCUUUGUAAUUUUCUAAAAUGAAAUAAUAACUUUGCCAAGCAAAUUUAUCAGUGAUAUAGAAUGGAAGGUCCUUAUUUUUCUUCAUUAGCAAUACUGUAAUCAAAGGUGCAGAAUAAUGUGUUUAAUGUACAUGUCUGUGCUGAUAGAGAUUGAAAAUAUAUUGGGUUAGGAGCAACUUUGAAACAAAUUGAGGAACUGGAGUUCUAAAUCCUCUUUGCUUGUUGCCAAAUGAGCUUUAAAAAGGAAAAUAUUUGCAUAUAGUGUAUUAAAAAAAAAAAAGCACUGGUUAGAGAAUAAAUCAGAGUAAAAAUCAUUGCCAGACAAAGAUUGCUUUAUGUUUUUUACUGAAUAAAACACAACUUGUUUAUGCACAGUAGUAACUUAAUGAGCAUAGUUUUUUCACAGAAUUAGGCUGUUUCCAAGAUAGAGAUGGGAAAAAUAAGUUUCCUUUUAUUUUUUAUGACAGAUAUAUAAAGAUGAAUAGCGUCUAUAUUUUAAUAUUACUGUUUGGUGUCUGAAGUGUAUAAUUUAUGUGUGUGUUGGUCAAACUCAUUUCCUUAAAAUAUCCCAUUUUACACUGCUAGUGAAAUAUUACUGAAGGAGAUUUUAGUUGGGCCCAGCAGAAAUACGUGAAAUUAUAACUUAGCUUAAAAAAAAGCAAAUUGUUGAUUAUGCAAGAUUCUUAAUCAUUAAUCAAUUUAGGCUUAUUUAAGUGUUUCUGUAAAACAACUGUGGAUGUUUGAACGCUGCAAAAAUCUUACUUCUACCUCUUGUGUAACAUCCUUAAAAUUCCAUUUCACACAUGUACUCUGAUGCCACAGGGUGUUGGUGCACCUUAACUUGGGAAUUUCAUCUGCUUUUCCUUUCAUUUUAUUCUAUUUUAUUUUUAUUGUGGAACACCAGGAUGCCUUGUUAUGUCCACCUGUGUUGGUUUGGUUUGUGUUUUAUGUGUGAGAGUCUUCAGACCUAGGAGAAUUCUGUAAUAAAUCAUGGCCAGUGUAAUUUUCUGGUAUUUUCUGUGUAUGUGGUUUGAUUCCUUUUAUUUAAAUAAUCACCUGUGUUGUGUGGAUGUCCCUAAUAAAUAGCAAAGGCUUAUUUACAUCAGCUCACACUGUUUUCUCAGCUGCUGAAUUUCAGUUUGGUAACUCUGCCUUGGAAAGAUCUGUUGUGUGUUCAUGACAGAAAUUAAAAUCCUUCGUGAUUUUU